CUUCGAGUCGUCGAGGCAGAACCUACGGGCUGCGGUACAAUCGCCUCUCGAGAAACUCUACAUAGCUCCAACCAACCCUCCUUAAAGCCUACCUCCUUACACUCGAGUAUUUACCAUUAACGUUGACCAAGGCCAAUGGGAGGUUCAAUCCACAAAAGCGCUGCAAUCCUCGUUGUUGGAGGAGGUACUUGGGGAUGUUCGACCGCAUUACACCUCGCACGUCGUGGGUAUACAAACGUCGUCGUACUCGACCCUUACCCAGUACCAUCGACCAUAUCAGCCGGAAACGACGUGAAUAAGAUCAUAGAACAGCCCCUUCCACCUUCCGACGACGAUAAAGGCGACACUCACGUCUGGGCUCAACUCCUCUACAAAGCCGGCCAAGCCUGGUCCUCAGAUCCCGUUUUCUCUCCCUAUUAUCACCCUACUGGCUACAUCCUCUCAGCCCACACGCCCUCCGUCAUCUCCGAGCUCCGGAAACGUGACAACCUCGACAAUGAUCCCUCUUUUACUCCGCUUCACUCUGCCUCCGACUUUCGCGCAACGAUGCCGGAAGGGGUCUUGACGGGAGAGUUUCCAGGGUGGAAGGGCUGGUGGAAGAAGGAAGGGGCCGGGUGGGUUCACGCGAGGAAGGCGAUGGUUAGUGCGGCGAAGGAGGCGGAGAGGCUGGGCGUUAAGUUCGUUGGCGGCGAACAGGGAGAAGUGGUGGAGCUGGUUUAUGCUGGAGGACAGGAGGGUCAAGGCGACGUCGUGGGCGUGAAGACAAAGGAUGGGAAAGUUCAUCUCGCAGAACGGGUCAUCCUCUCCGCUGGGGCGAACAGUCCAAACCUCAUCGACUUCAAGGACCAACUUCGACCUACGGCAUGGACGCUCGCGCACAUCAAGAUAAACUCUGACGAACUUUCCCUGUACCGCGAUCUCCCUGUACUCUUCAAUAUCGAAAAAGGCUUCUUCAUGGAACCGGAUGCGGAUAAACACGAGCUCAAGAUAUGUGACGAACAUCCGGGCUACUGUAACUGGGUCGGCACAGGAUCUUCACGCCACAGCGUUCCCUUUGCGAAGAAACAGGUCCCUAAAGCAUCAGAAGACCGCGUGCGCAACUUUCUCCGCGACAUCAUGCCCCAGCUCGCCUCUCGUCCUUUCGUCUCCGCACGUCUCUGCUGGUGCGCGGACACACCGAACCGAAUGUUCUUGAUCGGAUAUCACCCGGAUCACCCCUCCUUGUUGAUCGCUGCAGGAGGCUCAGGACAUGGAUACAUGCAUAUUCCGACUGUAGGAGGGUUUAUUGUGGAUGCGAUGGAAGGGAAGUUGACGGAGGAGUUUAAGGAGAGUUUUAGGUGGAGGCCGGAGACGGCGGUCAACAGGAAUUGGGAGGAUACUCAAGGAAGGUUUGGAGGCCCGAACAAAGUUAUGAACCUGGCGGAUGUGACGGAGUGGACACAUAUUGAGGGCAGCUUUGAGGACUUGUCCCGAUAGGGUGCUUAUUUGCUGAGUAUAUGUAUUAUUCAUCAGUUACAUCUGCAUAUGUGGACCUGCAAGCCUUAGAAGAAUCAGAAGAAC